CACGCUGACUGAUUUCCAUAUACACCAGGAAGUUAAACCCCGGUAGCAGAAUGAAGAGUCCCUUCAUUCACUGACUUGUGGUUGUUCUUGUUUGAGACCUCUGCGUUGGAUCAGCGCUUCUUGUGGGGUCAAAAGUCUGAUGUGGCAGAUAUGGAUUGACAAAUCAAGACCUGUAUUGAGUUUCUGAGAUAAGCCUCUCAAAUAGGAAGUGAUGGUGGAGAGGUGAGAAGGGCAGACUUUGGACCCACUCCUCGCUCGCUCUUCUUCUUCUUCUUCAUUUUCUCCUCCUGUGCAGCAGCAACGUCUCGGUUUGUCUCCCUUCUCUUGUGAAAAACAUGAAAAUUGAUUUUGCCCCCGUGGACGUGCCCCUCCAAAGGAGACUGCAGACGCUCUCGGUGCUGCAGUGGGUCUUCUCCUUCCUUGGUCUGGCACCAACCUGCAUCUUCCUCUUCUUCUUCCUGCUCUUCACCCGCUUCUGGCUGAUCAGCGUGCUGUACGCCGUCUGGUGGUACUACGACUACGACACCCCUACGCGGGGAGGCCGCAGGGUGCCCUUCUUGUGCGGCCUCAAAGUGUGGGAACACAUGCGCGAUUACUUCCCGAUCAAGUUGGUGAAGACAGCUGACCUAGACCCCAGACACAACUACGUCCUGGGCUUCCAUCCUCAUGGCGUGCUGGUAGCGGGAGCCUUUACCAACUUCUGCUCAUAUGCGACGGGCUUCAAACAGCUGUUCCCAGGCCUCACUUCCUACCUGCUCAUGUUGCCCCUUUGGUUCAGAACUCCGUUUUUUAGAGACUACAUCAUGUGCGCAGGUCUGAUUCCUUCAGACAAAGAGAGCGCUGCGUAUGUGCUCCGUCACAGGCGUGCUGGAAGCGCUGUCGUAAUAGCUGUCGGUGGAGCCCCAGAGGCCCUUGAUGCCCACCCUGGGAGCUUCAAUGUACUAUUGGCCAAUAAGAAAGGCUUCAUCAAAAUGGCCAUGGAGUGUGGAGCUCACCUGGUGCCAGUCUUCUCCUUUGGAGAGAACGAAGUGUUCGACCAGGUGGAGAACCCAAAAGGAACGUGGCUUAGGUGGACACAGGAACGGCUGCAGAGCGUCAUGGGGGUCUCUCUGCCUCUCUUCCAUGCACGUGGCGUUUUCCAGUACUCCUUUGGUCUCAUGCCCUACAGAAAACCCAUCAACACAGUAGUCGGCCGGCCAAUCACGGUGGUGAAGAAAGAGAAGCCAACCGCAGAGGAACUAGACGCCCUCCACCAGCUCUACAUGGACGAACUCAGCAAUCUGUUUGAAGAGCACAAAGCCAACUACGGGGUGGACAAGGACACACACUUGAACUUUGUCUAACCCGGAAUGAAGAUGGAGGGGAAUUGAAUUCCUAUUUAUUUGUGAAACAACGGCGCUUUAGAUCCAGAUCAUUUUACCUUCUGACUUGCUCUGUACACCUGUAUUUGCUCUCAACAGACCUGCAAACUAUAACGCCUUGUUUCAGCCUAAAAAAUGUGAAGACAACGGCUGCUUUAAAAUUCCAAGGGGGGAAAAAAAAUGCAAAGUCCUCUCUGAACUUACACUUAACCAGGAAAAGGUUUGUUUGGUUAAUUUAGAAUCAUUUUGAUUCAUUAAUGCUUAAAUCCAUCUUUUAGCAAGAGAGAGCUGUCCUGGUGUGUGUAAAUGUAACUGAAGCUGUUCGCUUGUGUAGGAAUACCUUGCAGAUUACUUCCAGCACAUUUUUCUGUCAUGUCCAUGUAUUCUAAACCUAUACCAUGUCAUUUUCAAAAUUAGAUAAUAAAAAAAAGACUGACUCUGAUGAUGCAGUAAUUGCUUUGUAGUUUAGGUGCAGCAACAUCCUGUCCUGACAUUUUGCCUAUGUUUGCAAGCUUAUUUGUUCUAAGUGGCCUGCUUCUGGCAAUUUGACUUUGUGAUUACUCUUCAUAAUAAAAUGUUUGGGGUCGUGCAAA